CGUUCAUACUUCAUAGUAUACUUGCGAUCAUUUUGCCCCGGCCCGGCCUAUAUAUAUAUUCAACCUUGCGCGCUUACAAUCAUUCAUUCCACCAUACAUACAUAUAUAUAAAAGCCAAGCUAAGCUAAUUUGUUUCGAUCAAUUGAUCGAAACAAAUUAAUUAAAUAAUUAGGAAAUUGGAUAAUGGCAACCACGCCGGGCUUCCUCACCGAUUGGCCGUGGACACCCCUCGGAACUUAUAAGUAUGUGGUGUUGGCUCCAUGGGUGGCACACAGCGCGUAUUCAUUUGUGAGAAGCGAGAGCAGUGAGAGAGACUACACGAACUUGUUGAUAUUUCCGUUCCUUCUCUUCCGCAUCAUUCACAACCAGCUCUGGAUCGCCUACUCCCGUUAUCGCACCGGAACCGGAAAGAACCGCAUCGUCGACAAACCCAUCGAGUUUGAUCAAGUUGAUCGGGAAAGUAACUGGGACGAUCAAAUAUUGUUGAACGGAAUAUUUUUUUAUGGGUUCAAUGCUGUAUUUUCAAUGGCUUCCCGGUUGCCCAUGUGGCGGACAGACGGCGUAUUAAUGACCGUAAUCUUACACGCCGGUCCGGUGGAGUUCCUUUAUUAUUGGCUACAUAGAGCUUUGCACCACCAUUUUCUCUACUCUCGUUACCACUCACACCACCACUCUUCCAUCGUUACUGAGCCUAUUACUUCUGUAGUUCAUCCAUUUGGAGAGCACUUGGCAUAUUUUUUGUUAUUCGCAAUUCCGACUUUGACAACAGUGUUCACAGGAACCGCCUCUAUUAUUGGAAUUUUCGGAUACAUCUUUUACAUUGAUGUGAUGAAUAAUUUGGGACAUUGCAAUUUUGAGCUCAUACCCAAGUGGCUCUUCUUCCUCUUCCCCCCUCUCAAGUACCUCAUGUAUACGCCCACGUAUCAUUCCUUGCACCACACUCAAUUUCGAACAAAUUAUUCACUCUUCAUGCCCUUCUACGAUUACAUGUAUGGGACAAUGGACAAGUCAACGGACACAUUGUACGAAGCAUCUCUCAAAAAAGGAGAAGACUCCCCCGACUCGGUCCAUCUAACGCAUUUUACCACUCCAGAUUCUGUAUACUUUUUAAGAGUUGGGUUUGCUUCUUGGGCAUCCCUGCCCCAAACACAUAAGUGGUUCAUUUGGUUGAUGUCGCCUAUCACAUUUUGGACCAUGGUCGUCAACUGGAUCUAUGGUCAAACAUUCAUCCUAGAGAGAAAUGUUUUGGACAAAACCAGCUUACAGUCAUGGGUCAUACCAAAGUACAAUGUUCAGUAUGCACUUAAAUGGCAAUCACAAGCGAUCAACAACUUGAUUGAAGAAGCCAUACUAGCAGCAGAAGCAAGAGGUGCCAAAGUUUUGAGCUUGGGACUUCUCAACCAGAGUGAAGAACUCAACAGAAAUGGCGAGAUUUACAUCCAAAAGUAUCCUAAAAUGAAAAUUAAGUUGGUGGAUGGAAGCAGCUUGGCAAGUGCAAUAGUGGUCAACACAAUCCCAAAGGAAACGACAGAAGUCCGACUUACAGGCAGACUCACCAAAGUUUCCAUCUCAGUAGCUUUUGCAUUAGGUAAAAAAGGCAUCAAGGUCAUUAUUUCAUCUGAAAAUGAUUACGAGAAGCUUAAGCUGGCUGUGAAUUGCGGGAGUAAUUUUUCCAUGUCAAAGAGUUUCACGCAAAAGAUAUGGGUAGUUGGAGAAAGAUUAUCGAAAGAAGAACAAAAGAUGGCAAAUAAAGGAACAUUUUUCAUCCCAUAUUCCCAAAUCCCUCCUAAGAAACUGCGUCGGGACUGUUACUACCAUCACACCCCAGCAAUGUUGGCCCCACCAUCUCUCCACAACUUGCAUGCUUGUGAGAAUUGGCUGCCGAGGAGGGCAAUGAGUGCCACGAGAGUGGGAGGGAUUGUGCACGCCUUGGAAGGGUGGAAUGUGCACGAUUGCGGUGAGAAAAUGCCAAUGGAUAUUGACAAAGUUUGGCAAGCCACCCUUAGCCAUGGUUUCCGACCACUUCCAUUGAAAGAUAGCGCCAUUGUUGGUGCCUGAUCGAUUCCAUAUUUUUACCAUCAAAUCUCUCUGUAUACUUGCUUUUUAUUCCAUUUGAUUUAUAUCCUCUCAAUCCUUAAAAACUCUUAAUUUAUUAUUAUUAUGAUAAUUAUUAAAACUACUACUAUUAUAUGUACCACAGUAUGACUUCUUUUUGUUCCGACACAAAAUCUAUAUGUAAUGAAUCUGAUAGGUUUUCUUUAUUAGAAACGAUGGUUAAUGUAAUUUUGAGUUGGCUUGUUGACUAGUCUUGGAAUAGUGGUUUUUGUCCGUUGCUUGAGC